UUAUCGAAAAGCAAUCAAAAAUUUAAUAAGUCCGUUCAAGGAAAGUUUAUCUACUCCUGCUCGUCAAAAUAUAGCUAGUCAUUAUGCAACGUCAAGAAUUAUUAGCAUUUUAUAUGAAUUAAUUGAAUAUAAUAAAAUUGGAAUUUUAGCUGAAGAGUUGUUAUUUGAGAUGUUGUUUUAUUUAUCAACAGCUCAUCUUGAAAUAAACCGUCAUUGGCCUGGUGGUAUUGAUAUGUUUCGUAAUCAAAUGGUUUGGAGCUUCAAGAAUUUUCCUAAAACUCCAAAAGAUUUAUGUUUUGUUUUGACAAAUAGCACAAAUACUGAUAUUAGACAUUCUAUCAUAAUUUUUAUUUAUUUCUAUCUUUUAACUUGUUCCAACGAUGAAAAAGAGUCGAUAUACUUAGAACCAAUGUGCAAUUACUUAUGUUCAAUAAAAAAUGAGAUUCCCAUUCCUGUUAUUAAAGCAAUUCUUUUUAAUAUUUCUAUUUGUUUUGUGUCUCAUCGUGCUAUAAAUACAAUAUCCGGUUUAGCAUUUGCUACAAAAAAAUUAGUUGAAUUUAUAAACUCCAAAAUUAUUGAUUCGAUUUUUACCCAUCACCCUGCAUUGUUACAUUUUUUGUUCGCUUCAAGUAUAAUACCCAAUAAAAUACAAUUACAAUUAAUUAAACAAUGGGUCCAAAAUUUAGAUGAAAUUAGUUUGGUUGAGUUAGAAAAAUUUUGCUUAAACAACCAUAAAGCAAAGUUAUGUUUGAUGGAUGUUCUUAUUAACGAUAUGAAUAUCGACAGUAAUAAACUACGGACAGGAUUCAAUAUUGUUAAGAAAAUAAUAACCACAGAAAACGAUUGUAAUGAACAUAAAACAUUACUGAUUAUUUGGGAUAUGUUACCCAUUUAUUUAGGUUCAUUCUGUUGUACUGAUAAUCCUAAAGGAAUAGGAGCAACAAAUUUAACGUUUUUAUUGAAUUUAACUGAACCGUGUUUUCUCCGUGGGCCAAAUAUUUCCAUUAACGAACAUCGUAGUAUAGUUUAUACAAUGUCUUCAAUCAUAAAAAUCCAUCAAUCCACUUUCACUGAACAGUAUUCACUGUUAUCAUCUCUUCUUCAACAUCUCUUAACUCUAAUUAAGUUAUCUAAUAGUGAUGUUUUAAAUACAAUUAAGAAAAAUAAGGACUUUCUACAUGCUCUUGAAAAUUUAUGCCUCUCAAAAAAUAACAAUAUUUGUUUUCUUGCAAUCAAUACUGUAAUCCAGUUAUGUCAACUUGAACAAGAAGAAACUGAUAUGGAGCACAAACUUCUAUAUUCGAUAACGUUAAAAUGUGAAUAUAUUUUAAAUGCCAUGACUAGGCUAUGUCAAAAUUGUAUAAUAUCAUCUAUCACACUGUUUAAAAUUAUUUUAAAAUAUUACGAAAAAGGUAUUUGUAAAUCUGAUGAAUUUACUGAAACGCCAAGUGUUGAUUUUUUUAAAACUGUUUUUAUGCAAUUAGAAAAUAUUAUAUCUCAAGGAUUGGAUUGGGUGUCGGACCAUGCCUGGGAGUGCAUGACUAUAAUAUUGUCAACAAAACUUUUGAAUCAUGUACAGAAAUUAUCAUGUCUUAAAAUUGAGUUCGCCACCGAUCCUUGGCUUAAUUUUAUACUCGAAACUUCGAAAUCUUUUAGUGAAAAAUGUUUAGAAUUCUUAUAUUUUUGGUUUAGAAAUUUUGUAAUAAAUGAUGAAGGUAGUUUUACCAUACGUGGAUUAAAAGUUUUAUGCGCAAGUCUCUUUGAUAAUACUAUAGUUCAUAUUUCAGUAACAUUAGUUAACCAAGUUUAUGAAAAAAAUGAAUUUAUAUCAAAAGCUAAAUGUAUUAUACAAUUGAUAUUGGAAAACAAAUUCUUAUUACCUCAUGAACUAGAGAGUAAAAUGAACAUAUUUUUAAACCAAAACUAAUCGAAAACCACAA